AUGUUUGCGGAAGAAAGACUAGGAUGGUCUGGGUACGUUGAGUGGGAAAAGUACCCUGAUCGCAAGGCCAAAGCCUCCGAGAUCCUCAAGCAACAUAAAUUUACCGCCAUACCAGAAUUUCAGAUGGGUCCGUUGCCCACUACGAACCCCGUCCUUGUUGGUCAUCGCUGGAAAGAAUACCAUGAAGUCCUCGGCCUGAAGUCUAUAGUCGAUUUCAGCUGGGAGACCGUUCUCAAGGAGAAACCUGACCUUAUCCAUCUACUUGAUUUCCCGUACAAUGGAGAGACUAGGCGCCAGCAAUUAUUGGAAAACAAGGUGACAAGUAACAAGCAGCACUUCAUUCGUAACCACGGUGGAGUCCCUAAUAUUAAUGCGGAGGCAUACGAACUCGAGAUUGGAGGGCUGGUGAAUACGUCCGUAAAACUGUCCCUCGAGGACCUUCAGGACCAGGAUAGAUUCCCUCAAGCCGAGAUCACUGUCACAAUUCAGUGCAGCGGAACGCGUCGGAUUGAACAAAUCGGUCAAUAUCCUGGGGAGGGUGAUGAAUUAAUCAAUGCUCCUUGGGGAGAAGGUGCUAUUGGCACCGCAGUCUACCGUGGCGUUCCGCUCAAGAAAGUGCUAAAAAUAGCCUGCGGUGGCGUUCUCCCUGAAGCUCAGCAUCUUGAGUUCAUCGGUGCAGACACGUACUUCAAGAAAGGCGAUGUGUACAACUACGCCGUCUCCGUCCCGUGGCGUAAGGUCAAGCAAAACGAAGAGGUGUUGUUGGCGUGGGAGAUGAAUGGAGAACCGUUACCGAAGAUACACGGAUAUCCUCUCAGGUUGGUCGUCGCGGGGUAUAUUGGGGCGAGGAGUUGCAAGUGGGUCACAAGAAUCAAUGCGCUCACCGAACCAAGCCGUGGUCCUGUACAAAUGCAGGAAUAUCUCUACUACUCUUUCCAGACCGGAAAACAGAAUGCCAUGACGUCCAAUGGAUUCUCCAUCCAGGCCAUGCCCGUUUCGAGCGCUAUCAUUUUCCCAGAGGACAAGAACCUGAUCAUGCACGACGGUUCUAUCGAGGUGAAAGGAUGGGCAUACAGCGGUAACGCUUGCUGGGUCGAACGAGUGGAGGUUUCUCCUGACGGAGGCCAUGUCUGGUAUGAGGUCGCCCUGGAGAAUCUUACAGAGAAGCACUAUCAUGCUUGGCGGCUCUGGAAGAUCGACCUGCCCGUGGACGCUGAAGGAUGGAUCGAGCUUUGUGUCCGCGCAUGGGAUUCGUCGAACAAUACACAACCCACAUUCGUCAGGUCUGCUUGGAAUUGGGACCUCCAUGUCACAUCUUCUUGCCAUCGUAUCAAGGUUUACAGCAUCAAUAAGACGAGACCUGCCACACGCGCUCGGAUGGCUCUGAUGGAGGAGCACGGUAUCAUGAGCUUCGAGCCGUUGACACGUCCACUGGAAUUCGCAUUGGAGAGCGAGAACGAUUAUUUGGAGAAGAUGAGGAAGAAUCCGAGGGAACCCAAGAACUGA